AUGCAGAGACAAGCCUCACUUCCGACCGUGCUGUCAGCACCGUUUGAUUUCAACUCUCAUCCUAUCUUGUCAGAACAAGUACCAGGAGAAGCCCACUGCGACAGGCAAAAAGCGCCGCUCAAGUCGAGCUUGAAGUAUAUGUCGAAGAGCGCUGCAGAAACACCUGCCGAACCUGCGACGGACCCCAGCAAUGCGGCAGAGCACCAUAGAGUAUCCCAAUCAUUGCGGCGUGUCAAGACUGUUGACUUCAAGGAAGCUGAAGCCACGCAAAUUCGAACACUUCCAUUGUCAAAACCUUGGUUAAGUGACACCAUCGUCAACGCUUUCCACGAAGACAAAGACAAGAGCCAGGGCAGUCUAAGUGCCAAAAGUCGAUGUGCCAUCAGAGGGGAACCUUCAUGUUCACGCCUAGGAACCAAAGGGAGACCUGCCGAUCCAGCCGUGACAAAGACGGAUGUACACGUUGUAACCCGCGCGCCGGCUUGCGAAUUCGACGUCCUGCCACACGAACUAGAUAUUGUCACUGCAACCCCAACUAUGCAGAUCGUACAGUCGCGCGACAGUUGUUACGAAAUCGUAUGGGAUGACGUUCCAGCUGAGGACAAACAACGAGGGCAUCGCAGGAGUUCUGUGGCAAGCUUGGCUCUUCGAACAGCCAGUUCGGCGACUAAAGACGACUUGGAGCGGGUUAAUUCGAAGCUCUUCGAAUGGGAUUGGGGCCGAGGUCCUGAUUUAGAAUCUUUCGCCCCCCAGAUCGUCGUAUUCCCCGAUGAUCAAGGCCACGCUCAUGGCUUGACUUCUACGACAGAUGGGGAUGAAGAUGCUUCAAUGAGAGCACCGCCAAACAACCAGAGGACGAGCGACGCACUGUCUAGUCUACCUUCAACGCCCGCUACAGCCCGGCCAUCGAGACCACCAUCACAAGACGAGCCAGGACCGGUAGGGGAGCUGGAAGCUGACGAUUUGAACGAUAGCGAUGAAGGCACUGUAGCAGCGUUGAUUGUCCCAGAUCCUGAAGCUAGACCAGCAAGCUUGCCUACAUUGCACAACGAUUCCAAGAAACCGCUGGAGGAUCGCCGGUUCUCCAAUAUUGAUGAUUCUGAGGUGAGGUUUCGAGGCCAUCGCGACUCAGUUACUAUGGCCCGCGCUCGACUCCUAGCCAACGGAAGGGUAUCUCCCGAAAUCCUCGAAGUACGAAAGUACGGUACAAUGGCAAAGAGGCGGAUGCACGCUAUGAACCGUGGCAAUUCCGAGGAAGAGACCGCAGAAGCCAACAUUGCUACCCGGGAGCCAGCCCGCUCUCACGAACCCGCCUGCUUAGCAUCUUCUUCUCCGAUAGCCGGGCUAGGCUCUUCCAGCCCGAUAAUGAGUCGUAACAGCGGUGUGCUUUGGGGUUUUCAUGGAUAG